AUUCAUCAUCCAAUGACUAACUGCCAUCUUUCCCCAUCUUUUGCCUCCUCACCUGCACCUGCUCAUCGCCGCCUUACCACUGCUGCAGCCGUAGCAGCAGCAGCAGAAGCAGCAGCAGCACCAGAAGGAGCAGCAGACUCAGCAGCAGCAGCAGCAGCAGUAGCAGCAGCAGCAGCAGCAGCUGAAGGAGCAGCAGCAGCAGCAGCAGCAACAGCGGCAGCAGCAGCAGUGGCAGCAGCAGCAGCGGCAGCAGCAGCAACAGCAACAGCAGCAGCAGCAGCAGCAGCAGCAGAAGAAGCAGCAGCAGCACCAGCAGCAGCAGCAGCAGCAGCAGCAGCAGCAGCAGCAGCAGCAGCAGUAUCUACAGCCAUCCCCAUCCUCCCCUCCUCUUUGAGCCGCUGCGGGUCUACCCGCCGCCGCUCCCUCCCGGCCACCGCGGGUCCACCCGCCGUCGCCUUCCUCCCACUCCGUUCACACAGCCGCGUCGUGGCGGGCGCCCACGUGGCGGCCGCACCAACCCUCAGGGAGGGGGUGGAGGUGGCGGUUGUGGGGGCAGCGGAGCCGGCGGCGGUGGUGGCGGGGUCGAAAGUGGCAGCAGUGGUGGUGGUGGAGGCAGUAGUGGCUCAUCUGGUAGCCGUGGUGGCCGCCCUGGCACUCUCCCCCCAUGUGCCUCCGCCUUGGUAUGCAGGAGGUGCACAGAAACAUUCCGCGAGUGGUCAUCGACUAGUGUAAGAAAGUACCGAUGACCGCCUCGGGAUGCGACUGGAGCUGGGCCCCAGACAUCCAUGUGCACUAGGUC